GUGAGAAUGAAAAAGCAAUUAGAAAACAGACUAUUCUCUAUAAGCACUCAGGUCUAUUCAGGCCACUGUUAAAGCAAUAUGAAGAUUUUCUCUGUUCAGAACAAGUUUUGUUGUGGUAUGAAUUUAGUGAUGUAGUUGGUCAUGAUAAUACUUCAGGUACCAAUAGGUACUAUAUGCCUCUCUCUUUAUUUGUUGCUCAAGAUGACAACAUGAAUUCACGCAUUAUAGCUCAAGCAUUUGUUAGUAAUGAAUUAGCAGAAACUUACCAAUAG